AGUAGAAUUCUUCCCCUUUUCCCCUACAAUCCCCAUCUAUAAUCUUUGAUUGUAAGGUAAAAUGUUUGUUAAAAAACGAAUAUUAUUUUUGCUAAAUACAAAAUUGGUUUAAAUUUUAAAUAAUUAAAUAAACUUUUAUCAAAAUUUUAAUAAUUUCCCCAUAAAAUUUUAUAAUAAAUUCAUAUUUUUUUAUUUAAUUGAGAUAAUAAAUUUCUCUAUUUUUUUUUCAAAGAAUAAAUUUCUCUCAUUUUUAUGAAUUAUGCUGUAAUAUUAAAUUAUUUCUUACGGAUCAUAUAUAAAUAAUCAUAUUGGAGCCAUCGAUAGUGUCUGCUCUCGCUCAACGGCAGUGGCUGGAUUGGCUAUGCACUUAGCUUCGUUGUUCUUGGCAAGAACAAAGUUUCUUCUCUUAAAUAAGCUCUUCUUCUCCACCACCACUUCCACGAACCCACAAAAUACUUCUCUCAUUUCACACUAUUUUUCCCUUCUUCACUCUUCCCCUAACCCAACUCAUCUGCGCCACCUCCAUGCUCGCUUACUCCGCACCUCCCUAUACGACAAUGUAGUCCUCACUUCUAAGCUCGUUUUGAUGUAUUCCCAUCAUAACAAACUCAUCCCUCAUUCUCUUCCGGUUUUUUUUCACAUGCCAUGUAGAAAUAUCUACUCUUGGAACAUCAUAAUUGGUGAGUUUUCUCGGUCGAAUUUUCCCGAGAAAUCUUUAGACUUGUUUCUUCAAAUGUGGAGGGGAUCCCAUGUUCGACCCGAUGACUUCUCUCUUCCUCUUGUUUUACGGGCGUGUGCUGGCUCGGGAUCGGUGGAACUUGGGAAUUCAAUACAUGGAUUGUGUGUGAAAACGGGUUGGGCAGUGAGUUUAUUUGUUGCAUCUGCUUUGAUUUUUAUGUACGUUACUUUUGGCAAUUUGUUUUAUGCUAGAGUGUUGUUUGAUGGAAUGUCUAAGAGAGAUGCGGUGUUAUGGACUGCAAUUCUGGCUGGUUAUGCUCAACAUGGGGAACCAAUGUUGGGAUUGCAAGUGUUUAGGGAGAUGGUUGAUGUGGGUGUCACGCUUGAUGGGGUUGUUAUGGUGAGCUUGCUUUUGGUGUGUGGUCAAUUGGGAUGCUUAAAGCAUGGAAAAAGUGUUCAUGGGUGGUGUGUGAGAAAUUGCUUGGUGUUCGAGUUAAGUUUAGGGAACGCCAUAGUCGAUAUGUACGUUAAAUGUGCAGCGCUAGCUUAUGCGCACAGAGUUUUCGUUGAAAUGACUGAAACAGACGUGUUUUCUUGGAGCUCUUUAAUUUUGGGUUACGGAUUGAGUGGCAAUGUUAGUAUUGCUUUGGCGCUUUUUGAUCAGAUGCAUAUGAGAGGGAUUAAACCCAAUGAUGUAACUUUUCUUGGUGUCUUAUCAGCGUGUGCCCAUGGGGGCUUGGUGGAGGAAGCACGUUCCCACUUCAAAAUGAUCAAACAUUAUGGGCUGUUGGCUGGAUUCAAACAUUAUUCUAGUAUGGUUGAUUGUCUAGGGAGAGCUGGGCUUUUGGAAGAGGCAGAGAGAUUUAUCGAAGAAAUGCCCAUGGAACCUGAUGAAGCAGUGCUAGGUGCCAUAUUAGCAGGAUGUAGAAUUCAUAAUAAUGUUGAGGUAGGAGAACGAAUUGCAAAGAAAUUAAUUAGGUUGAAGCCAGAGAAAGCUGGAUAUUAUGUGCUUUUGUCCAACAUGUAUGCAUCAGCGGGUAGAUAUGACGAGGCUGAGAUAAUUAGGGACUUGAUGAAAGAAAAGAAUGUCUCUAAGGUACCUGGGUAUAGCUUGAUUGAAUCAAAGAGUUCUUUUCCUCCAUCACAAAAUGAAGAUCUGGAUUUUCUUGAAAUCUGAUGAGUAAUUUUGUGUGAUAUACUUACAACGGCUCCAAUUGCUCUGUCGGAAUAGGAUACAAAAACAGAAUGCUACAGCGUUUAGUGAUAAGGUUAGUAUUACUAUGAUUACUAUGAGCAUAAUGCGUAUAACCUUUCAUAAUUGUAGACCUGCAGCAGUAAGUUGCAUGUUGAGGGAAAUCAUGACUUUGCAUUUUGGAGGAUGCUUUGUAUUGUAUAUCAUGACCUUAAGCACCACAUGUCUUUAUUAGCCUUAGCUCCAGCAUAACUUGAACACAUGACACUUCACUAUGUUGUAGUAGAAUUCUAAUUGCAAAGUCAAAGUGCUUAUUGUGCUUCUACGUCCCUACAAAACAUAGAAACAAAAAGUAAAUAUAUAGAUAAGAAAAGGGAAAAGGAAAUUAAGUACUCA